AUGCGCUUUGCAUACCUUCUACUGCUCUCGAAGCCUGACCCCUUUGCCAUUCGGAUUUCGGUCGUCGUGAAUGAUCUGCUGUCGUUCUACAAAGAAUCCAUCGUCUCCACUGAGCGAAACAAUUCCGUUUACAACUCUGCCGUCGCACGUGGAGUAGUUAUUGCCAGAGCCCUGGAUGAGAUAGCUAAGCGGGCGGUGGAGUGUAUUGGCAAUGUACGAUCAGUGUUGUCUUCGGAGCCGAAGAUAUUGCGUUACGUUGACUCUUUCAUUCGGGGCUGUGUUGCUAUCCAUGGAUUGCCGCGCUAUAAACUGUCAGAGUGCAAUAUUCCAGAACUCCUCCAACACUAUUGA